GAUCAGUCAGUAAAAUUUCAUGCCGUGUGCGUUGUUUGUUUGAUUAUAAUUAUUCGAUAAAAACCUAAUUAUGGUUAAGCUAACAGCUGAGUUAAUUCAAAAUUCUAUGCAAUACAUAAAUCCGGUUAAAGAUCGCGAAUUGGAUUUACGAGGUUACCGCAUCCCCGAAGUGGAGAAUCUGGGGGCUACCGGCGAUCAAUUUGACACAAUUGACUUUUCCGACAACGAUGUACGCAAGCUUGAUGGUUUUCCGUACUUGAAACGAUUGAAAUGUUUGCUUUUUAACAAUAACCGCAUUGUACGCAUUGGGGAGCAUUUGGAGGAGUACAUUCCUAAUUUAGAGUCGCUGAUUUUGACUGGAAACCAUCUGGAAGAGUUGGGUGAUAUUGAGCCUUUAUGCACUUUGGAGAAACUCACUACACUUAGUCUUUUACAUAAUCCUAUCACUUCUAAACAGCAUUACAGACUGUACUUAAUUUAUAAGUUACCACAGUUAAGAUUGCUCGAUUUUCGUAAAGUCACUGCAAAGGAAAGAGAUGAGGCUAAAGCUUUGUUUAAGAGUAAAAAAGGGAAGGAGAUUAGGAAGGAAAUUGGAAAGAGGGCUAAAACAUUCAUUCCCGGAGGUACAGGUAACAAUAUUGCUAAAAGUAAAGGUCUUACUGAUGAAGAAAUUGCUAAAAUUAGAGAAGCUAUAAAUAAGGCCAGUUCUUUGGAAGAGGUUGAAAGGUUACAGAAAAUUUUGCAGUCUGGUCAAAUCCCAGGCCAAGAAGAAAUGAACGGAUACCAAAAUGGACAAAGCAUGGAAUAUGAAUAAAUUUUUUGAGGUAAUUUUCAGUCAGGUGUACAUUUAAUUAGUAUUUUUAUUUAUAAGUUCCGUUGAUAAGAAUAUUGUACUACACAAAAUACAAGGUUGAGAAGCGAGCUGAAUUAAUUUUUCAUUUUUUUCUAAUAAAACAAUACAUACAAAAA